UUUAUCCCCAGCCCCACCCGCCAAAAUGAACAGCUCGGACGAGGAGAAGCAGCUGCAGCUCAUCACCAGCUUGAAGGAGCAAGCAAUAGGCGAAUAUGAAGACCUUCGAGCAGAGAACCAGAAAACAAAGGAGAAGUGUGACAAGAUUAGGCAAGAGCGAGAUGAAGCUGUUAAAAAACUGGAAGAAUUUCAGAAAAUCUCUCACAUGGUUAUAGAGGAAGUAAAUUUUAUGCAGAACCAUCUUGAGAUAGAGAAGACGUGUCGAGAGAGCGCUGAAGCCUUGGCCACGAAGCUAAAUAAAGAAAAUAAAACCCUAAAAAGAAUCAGCAUGUUGUACAUGGCCAAGUUGGGACCAGAUGUGAUAACGGAGGAGAUAAACAUCGAUGACGACGAUCCUGCCACCGACACGGACGGGGCGGUGGAGACCUGUGUGUCAGUUCAGUGUCAGAAGCAAAUCAAAGGUGAGUGUGGCUUCCGCCAGGACAGGGCUGCACCGAUAGCACAUCAGAAUUUCACGAGGAGUUUUGAGAAUACAUGGUGCUGGGGAGAUGGUUCAGGUAAGAGCACUUGCUGAGCCAGCAUGAGGACCUGAGUUCAAAUCCCCAGGAGUCAGCCAGUCUAGUUAGAACACCAGCUAGUCCCAGGCUUAACACAGGACCUGGUCUCCAGGGGACGAGGCACAGAAUGACGGAGCAGGACAGCUGACUUCCUCCUUGGGCCUU